AUGCUAAAGCCCGCCUACAGCCCGUUCAUACAGGCCGGCGACGUAAUAUACCUACCUACCUUACCUCCCUAUGCAGCUAGCUACAUGCCUGAAGCUGAGACCAUCACCGAUCACCGCCCAACCGCCACGAUGAGGCUCUUCGACUUCGGAAAACGUAACGAGCAGCUUGCGGAAGAGAUUGCCGUUGGGACUGGGACUGCCCAUUCACGGCAACCUCCGACGGGUAUAGAGCUUGCGGGCGAGAAGCAGCUUCCGGGGACCGAGGUAGGCGGCGGAGAGAAAGGCCUUGUUCAGAGCGACGAUGAGAGCAACAACCUGUCGAGGGUACCGAGUCCAGAGGUGGAAGCCGGUGUGAAGAAGAUCGAGGCAGUGACCCUCACAUGGACCAAGAAAGAGCUCAUCGCCGCCUACGCCUGCGUCUUCUUGGUCUUCUUUGUUGUCUCCAUGCAGCAACAGACGCAAUUCAACUUGAGUUACUAUGUUACCUCAUCCUUUGCCGCCCUCCCCCUGACUGCAACUACCGGGAUCGUCUCCAGCAUUGUCGGUGGUGUUCUCAGACUGCCCACGGCAAAGUUCAUCAACAUCGUUGGCCGCGCCGAGGGGUUCUUGCUCAUGACGGCCAUUACGACUAUUGGUCUCAUAAUGAUGGCAGCGUGCACGAACGUGGAGACAUACGCCGCAGCCCAGGUCUUCUACUGGGUCGGCUUCAACGGCAUGGCAUUUGUCCUCGAUGUGUUCUUGGCCGACACCUCGAGUUUGAAGAAUCGAGCCCUGGUCUUUGCAUUCUCCACAUCGCCGUACAUCGUCACCACCUUCAUCGGACCAAGAGCUGCGCAGUCAUUCUUGGAGACCAGCGGUUGGCGAUGGGGCUAUGGCGUUUACACGAUCAUCACCCCGGUCAUCACGAUUCCCAUCCUAUCCCUUCUGUGGAAGAACCAGCGCAAGGCUGCCAGACUGGGCCUCUACAAGAAGGAGCGCAGUGGAAGGAGCUUGGCCCAAGCCGUUCCUUACUACUUCUGGGAGUUCGAUGUCAUCGGGCUCCUCCUGAUCAUCGCUGGCUUCGUUCUAAUCCUCCUCCCAAUCUCCAUAUCCAAAUACCAAGCCAAAGGCUACCAAGACGGCAUGAUCAUCGCCAUGCUCGUCGUCGGCGGCGUGUCCCUCGUCGCUUUCGCCGUGUAUGAAAAAGUCCUCUGCCCCAAACCCUUCAUCCCCUUUCACCUGCUCGUCGACCGCUCCGUACUCGGCGCCUGUCUGCUCGCCGCCUUUCUCUUCAUCUCCUUCUACCUCUGGGACAACGCCUUCUACAACUACCUGCAGGUGGUCCACGGGCUCUCGGUCACCAACACCGGCUACGUCACCAACAUCUACAGCAUCGGCUCCUGCUUCUGGGGCAUCGUUCUCGCAGGCAUGAUCCGCUACUUCGGGCGCUUCAAAUGGCUCGCCAUAGCCCACCUCUGCCUGGAAAUCCUCGGCGUCGGUCUCAUGAUCCUGCUCCGCCGACCCCGGUACAACAUCGGCUUCGUGGUCAUGACGCAGAUCUUCAUCGCCUUUGGUGGCGGGGGUCUCGUCAUAUGCGAAGAUAUGGCCGUCAUGGCCGCUUCGCCUCACGAGGGCGUCGCCUCGGUGCUCGCGCUCAUCGCCCUCUUCUACUCCGUCGGUGGGGGCAUCGGCUCCGCGAUUGCCACGUCCAUCUACACGAACAAGUUUCCGGCCGCGCUCGACCGCGCGCUGCCGGGCAACGCAACCUUGAAUGCAGAGCUGUAUGGCAGCCUGGUUGUGCAGCUGAGCUACCCGAUGGGCAGUCCCGAGCGUGAGGCCGUCAUCUACGCCUAUGGCGAGAGUAUGUGGUACCAGACCAUCGCGGCGACGGCGAUGCUGGUGCCGUGUUUUGUGUUUAUUGCGGUGUGGAAGGAUUUCAGAGUCCACGAGCUGAGGCAGGUGAAGGGACGUGUUGCGUAG